GUGACGGGCCACGAGUGAAGUGCUAACUGAUCUAAGAGCUGAAGUGCACCGAGAGACUAGCCUUGUGCGAUGCACUACAAUUAGGCGUACAUAGCCACAGGUUUUUCCAGCUUAGAUCCUGCCCGCGUCAACAAGCCCUCAGAGGGAUCUUUAGCCAAUCAACACAAGGUCUCCGACCGGACGUAAGCCAAUCAGUACGCUGUGAACCGGCAACCUAUUAUCCAAUCAUCGCUAGCUCGGAGCAGGGGACAGACCAAUCAGCGCACUGUGAGGCAGACGUGGCUGCUAAGCUGUUAUGUAGUUUGUGGUUCUGUUUGGUCUCCCGGAGGUGCCCCCGGCUGCCAUCACCACUGUCUCUUGUGCUGACCCAGUAUGGAAUCCUUCUGCAGCCAUGACGGCAGCGAGCGCUUUUGGGAUUCUAAUCUCACCUGGUAUACAGAAAAUCCAGAUUUCACCAAGUGCUUCCAAAAUACAGUCCUGAUAUGGAUUCCAUGCAUCUACCUCUGGUUAUGCUUACCAUUCUACUUUGUAUACCUCCGGCAAAAUGACCAAGGCUACAUCCAAAUGUCACACCUCAACAAGGCCAAAACAGCUAUAGGUUUCAUCUUAUGGCUAGCCUGCUGGGCAGAUCUCUUUUACUCAUUCUGGGAAAGGAGCCAGAGUAUUUAUCGUGCUCCAGUGUAUGUUGUGAGUCCAACUGUGCUUGGUAUAACAAUGCUGCUAGCUACUUUUUUAAUUCAGUAUGAGAGAAUUAAAGGAAAGCAGUCUUCAGGCGUAAUGUUGAAUUUCUGGAUCAUUACGUUGUUGUGUGCCAUAAUAAUCUUCAGGUCCAAAGUUCUACAUGCCUUAAAACCGGAUGCUCGGAUAGAUGUGUUUCGGGAUACCACGUUCUUUAUAUACUUUUUGCUGGUGUUGGUGGAGCUUAUACUUUCUGCCUUCCCAGACCAACCGCCUCUGUUUUCUGAAAGAGUCAACGUCCCUAAUCCUUGUCCAGAGUCAAGUGCAUCCUUCCUUUCCCAGAUCUCUUUCUGGUGGAUAAGUGGGAUGAUGGUUCAGGGAUAUAAAAGACCAUUGGAAGCUAAAGAUUUAUGGUCCUUAAAUAAAGAAGACACAUCAAUGGAAGUUGUACCUGUCCUAUCCAAGAACUGGGAAAAGGAAUACAACAAAGCCAAAAAGGUCCCUUUGAAAAUGGUGUACUCUCCCAAAAAGCAAGCCAGUGUAAACUCAAAGGAAGACGUCAGAGAGGAAGCAGAGGCUCUCAUUGUGAAACCAGCCCCUAAGGAAGUGGAGCCAUCCUUGCUUAAAUCACUUUACAAAACCUUUGGCCCUUACUUUUUCAUUAGCUGUUUCUUUAAAAUCUUUCAUGAUGUUUUGAUGUUUUCUGGACCACAGAUCUUACAGUUGCUCAUAAGGUUUGUUGGUGAUAAGGAUGCCCCAGAUUGGCACGGGUACCUAUACACAUUUCUGUUGUUCUUCUGCGCCUGUCUUCAGACCCUCAUCCUUCACAAAUACUUUCAUAUCUGCUUCGUCACCGGCAUGAGACUGAAAACUGCUGUUGUCGGACUUGUCUACCGUAAGGCUCUGGUCAUCAACAACUCUGCCCGUCGUACUUCCACAAUUGGCGAAAUUGUAAACCUAAUGUCUGUGGACGCGCAGAGGUUUAUGGAUUUGGCAACUUACAUAAACAUGAUUUGGUCUGCUCCUCUUCAGGUUAUAUUGGCAUUUUACUUGUUGUGGCAGAACCUGGGCCCAUCUGUGCUAGCAGGUAUAGCAGUCAUGGUCCUGUUGGUUCCUGUGAACGCAGUGAUUGCAAUGAAAACCAAAAAGUAUCAGGUUGUCCAGAUGAAGUGCAAAGACAACAGAAUAAAACUCAUGAACGAAAUUCUAAAUGGCAUCAAAGUGCUUAAGCUUUAUGCCUGGGAAUUAGCCUUUAAGGAAAAAGUCCUUGGGAUCCGAAAGGACGAAUUGAAUGUUCUGAAGAAAUCUGCAUACCUGUCUGCCGUGGGAACCUUCACCUGGGUCUGUGCACCUUUCCUGGUAGCUUUGUCUACGUUUGCAGUUUAUGUUCUGAGCGAUGAACAAAAUGUCCUGGAUGCAGAGAAGGCCUUUGUUUCUUUGGCCUUAUUUAAUAUUCUCAGGUUCCCCUUGAACAUGUUGCCCAUGGUUAUCAGCAGCAUGGUGCAGGCGAGCGUCUCACUGAAGCGCCUAAGGGUAUUCCUGUCACACGAAGAACUGGAACCAGAGAGCAUCAUCCGAGAGCCACAAAAGAGCUCUGAUGGCUGUAUUAACAUGAAGGAUGCUACGUUUUCCUGGUCUAGGAAUGAUCCUCCCUCACUUGAAGACAUUGAUCUUUCUAUCCCAGAGGGCUCCUUGGUUGCUGUUGUUGGGCAAGUGGGGUGUGGAAAAUCUUCCUUGCUGUCUGCGCUGUUGGGGGAGAUGGAAAAGCAAGAUGGCUAUGUGGCUAUGAAGGGAUCUUUGGCUUAUGUUCCUCAACAAGCCUGGAUACAGAAUGCAUCUCUUAAAGACAACAUCCUGUUCGGAAGAGAAUGCAAUGAAUCUAUGUACAAAAAAGUGGUAGAAGCUUGUGCCCUGAUACCUGACUUGGAGAUCCUACCUACUGGGGACAGGACAGAAAUUGGAGAAAAGGGGGUGAAUUUAUCUGGAGGGCAAAAACAGAGAGUAAGCCUUGCCCGUGCAGUUUAUUGUAACACGGAUAUCUAUUUACUUGAUGACCCUUUAUCUGCAGUGGAUGCUCACGUGGGGAAGCACAUAUUUGAUAAAGUCAUUGGGCCUAAAGGAAUGCUUAAAAAUAAAACUCGUAUUCUUGUUACUCAUGGUGUAAGUUACCUGCCUCAAAUGGACUCCAUCAUAGUAAUGGUUGACGGGAAAAUCACAGAAGUUGGAUCUUACCAGGACCUCUUGAAGCAAGAUGGAGCAUUUGCUGAAUUCCUUCGUACCUACGCCAAUGCUGAACAAAAUAAACAACAAUACACAAACACAACAGAGGUGGAAGAGGAGGAAGAAGCACCAAGCCCAGUCCAUUCUGAUGAGAAACAUUUGGAGAAUGGAAUUUUGAGAAGUGAAAAGAAUUUACAAAGACAAUUAAGUGCAUCCUCUGAAACCAAGUCUUUGAAUCAGAACAAGACAGACGAAAAAGAAGAUUGGAAACUGACUGAAGCAGACAAAGCCAAAACAGGAAGGGUGAAGCUGGCAGUGUUCUGGGAGUAUAUGAAAGCCAUCGGACUGCUCCUUUGCUUUCUCAGCAUAUUCCUUUUUAUGUGCAACCAUGUUUCAUCUUUGGCCUCUAACUAUUGGCUUAGUCUUUGGACAGAUGACAAAGUUGUUAAUGGAACACAGCAAAAUACUACAAUGAGGCUGAGUGUUUAUGGAGCUUUGGGAUUAUCACAAGGCAUUGCAGUGUUUGGCUAUUCUACAGCUGUCUCUCUAGGAGGGGUGCUUGCAUCCCGGUUUCUUCACACAAAUUUGCUGCACAAUGUCCUGCGGUUUCCAAUGAGCUUCUUUGAACGGACCCCGAGCGGGAAUCUUGUUAACCGUUUUUCAAAGGAAAUCGACACUAUUGACAAUACCAUCCCCCAGAUCAUUAAGAUGUUCAUGGGGUCCCUGUUUAAUGUCAUUGGUGCAUGUGUUAUCAUUCUACUUGCAACGCCCAUAGUUGCUGUUAUCAUUCCACCGCUUGGCCUGAUUUACUUCUUUGUACAGAGGUUUUAUGUCGCCACCUCACGGCAGUUGAAAAGACUGGAGUCCGUCAGCCGAUCUCCUGUAUAUUCACAUUUCAAUGAGACUCUUUUAGGAUCAAGUGUCAUCCGAGCAUUUGGGGAACAGAAGCGCUUUAUACAGAUCAGUGACUUUAAAGUUGAUGAAAAUCAAAGGGCUUACUACCCAAGCAUUGUCUCUAACAGGUGGUUGGCAAUCAGGCUGGAGUUUGUUGGCAACUGCAUCGUCCUCUUUGCCUCUCUCUUUGCUGUGAUUUCUAGAUCAACCCUUAGCCCUGGACUUGUUGGACUUUCUGUCUCUUAUGCUUUACAGGUCACUACUUAUCUGAACUGGCUGGUACGAAUGUCUUCUGAAGUGGAAACAAAUAUAGUUGCGGUGGAGAGAGUGAAAGAAUAUGCUGACCUUAAGCAGGAGGCUGCAUGGACUAUUGAAGAGACUGCACCAGAGCCCACCUGGCCACAGGAAGGGAAAAUUGAGUUUCGUGGCUAUGGCUUGCGCUACCGUGAUGAUUUGGACCUGGCUCUUAGAAAUAUAAAUGUUACUAUACAGGGAGGAGAAAAGGUUGGAAUAGUUGGCAGAACAGGAGCUGGAAAAUCCUCUCUGACACUGGGUCUGUUUCGCAUUAAUGAGGCUGCUGCUGGGGAGAUAGUCGUAGAUGGAUGCAACCUAGCCAAAAUUGGCCUUCAUGACCUCCGUUUCCGAAUCACUAUUAUCCCACAGGAUCCGGUCUUGUUUUCUGGGUCCCUGAGGAUGAACCUGGAUCCAUUUGACAAGUACACAGAUGAUGACAUCUGGACAUCUCUGGAGCUUGCGCACCUGAAGAAAUUUGUCUCUAAUCUCCCUCUCCAACUCAAUCAUGACUGUGCAGAAGGAGGGGAAAAUCUCAGCGUUGGCCAACGGCAGCUGGUGUGCUUGUCGCGAGCUCUUCUCCGAAAGACCAAAAUCUUGGUGCUGGAUGAAGCCACUGCGGCAGUGGACUUGGAAACGGAUGGCCUAAUCCAGUCUACUAUAAGAAAAGAGUUUAAAGAUUCCACAGUUAUAACCAUUGCACAUCGACUCAACACCAUCAUGGAUUAUACAAAGGUUAUCGUAUUGGACAAGGGUCAAAUGGUGGAGUUUGAUUCCCCAAGUAACCUUCUUCAACAACAAGGCAUUUUCUAUAAUAUGGCCAAAGAUGCUGGCUUAGUGUAAUUUCUAAGGUAUUGUUCUCUCAUUUCUGGGAUGAAAUGCACUUUCUGACAAAAAGAGGACUCGCUGACCAAGUGUUGCUGAACUUUUGUCCUGAAACAAGACUUUCCACCGGAUUUGUACAGAGAUGAUUGUAAGCACCCACGUGCAUUUACUUUACUGUGUUUUGAUCUUUUUGCCGAGCGACAACUUGAUGUUCCAGAUGUCCUAAAUUCCUUGAGCCACCAUAGAACCCUCUGCAAAUCACACAGUCAUGCCAAGUCCCAAUUUCUGUUUCUGUAUAGAUUCUGUUAAGUUGGUAUCACCUGCCCACUGAAUGUAAAACUGAGCAUCGGUUUCUGGUUUGGGUUGGUGAGCCAUCAGAUGCUACAAUUUGUUCCUUUUUCAUUUCUCCUGCUGUUUCUUGAUGUAGAUAUGGAAAGGUUGGAAUGACAAACGUAAGUGUACAGUUUUGUGCUAAAGCCACAUUGCUAAGCUAUAGCUGUUAUGGUGUUUGAAGAUCACUUGAGUAGUAGUUGAGCGGCGCAUGUCUGGACAGUUUCCAUGCCCUUACAUAUACACGGGCAUGUUCUAUUAUUGUUGACUUAAAUUAUGAUUAAUGUUUCUUACUCUAAUGGGCAAUGCAAUUAUGAAUCUUUCCUUUCCCUUUCCCAAGCAAUACAAAAUGUUAUGCUUGGUGCCACAAUAAGCUUUUUUUUCUUUUGGCUUUAUAAAAGACCCCUGAGGAUGAAGGUGGUCAUUAUAGAAAUCUGAUAGUAACGUUUGUGUUCAGAGCCUGGUCACACACUGAAGAGGCCUGGAUACCAAGUCAUGAGGAUCCUAACCUGUUUUCAUAUUUGGUCGCAGUUGGCAAAAGCCAUUAAGAUAAGAGAACCAAGCCAAAGGCAGGAAGAUCAUUCUGCAGGUCUUCUUCACUGCUCUUAAAUGUAUCACAUAGAUUGAGUCAGAACACUAUUAUUAUUAUUAUUAUUCUCACGGAUGUUUUGUAGUAUAAUGGCAGACCUGGUCAAGGAAUAGGUAUUAUAUGUGGCCCUUAAAGAGUAGUUCAUUUAUUUUUGCUGUGGAAUAACAUAUGCAAAGUUCUUCUCGUAAAGCCUCAGGAAAAUAAAAACACCAUUCUUGGUAUGGAGUUCAAAAACGCUAUAUUUUUCCACACAAAUGCUAUUUUACUAGAUAGCUGUUAUUCGUGUAUAGUAAAGGGCCACUACUACUCUAGUUGCGUUCCAUUUAUUUAACUAAUUUAAGAGAAAAAUAUAUAAUUAUUUUUUCAUUGGAGGGCUUCCCUAACAUCUUUAAAAUGUCCAAUCUAUGAUUUUUUUUACCAUAGGAUGACAAUAGUCAUUUAUUACUGUCAUAUGUUAAAGGGGUAGAGGAUGCACCAACUCUCUGAACUUGGUAAACUUUCCAUACAUUAGUUGCUGGCAUUUCUUAGCGCUACUGAGAAAUGCCAGCAACUACUGGAAAACAGUUGCUCAGUUACAAUCAUUUUAGUGAGCGUGCUCAGUAGCGGCUACAGCGGGGAAAUACCAGCCACUAAUAUAUGUUAUUAGUUUGAUGCAACUUGGCUUACAGAGCUGCUACGACAACAAUAAAAUGGGCAUAAAAAGUACAUUUUUUUAAAUUGUAAAAGUUUUGAUUUGUGCUACUGUAUGGAAACCAUAUUUUUAAUAAUGGUGCACUACCCCAUUAAUAUCCCAUGCCUGCCGAUUAUUGCUCCCUACUCAACAGCACCACUGUACUCUGUAUUUAAAACUGAGCUGGUUUUACACUUUGGGCAGAGGCCAGCGCUUCCAUGGGCUGCUAUGUAUUUCCCCAGUUAAAGGACAUAGAAUUUACAUUUUUGCCAGAAUCCCCCAACUUAGAAUCGCUUCCCUGGAAACCGAUUUAUUUCUUUUAAGGUCUGAUUUCUUCCAUGUACAAUAUGUUAAUUCUAGUGCUAAUGUGCCAUGCUAGGUUAUAUAUUUAUGCUAGUAUAUUUAUGCGGAAUGAAUAUGUUUAGAGUCUGAAUUUGCUAUCCUCUCGGCAAUAGUGUGGGUUUUCCCCCACUGCAUAGUUAACAGCAUAGGUCAAUUUCUCCUCCGAGCCUUGGCUACCAAGUAGCAUUACACUUUUUGUACUGCAAAAUAUAUAUAGAAAUAUAUUUUCCAAAAUCCUUCAUAACACCAGCAUACUUUUACUGUAGAGCACGGAUCAAAGCGUUAUACAAUAUUUUUUAUGGUAACCUGCAAAAAGGGAAAAUAUUGCAACUUGCCGUUGCAGCUUUAAUCUACUCUAUGCAACAAAAGUUAUCUAGAGAUAUGCAGCAAGCUUGUGUUUCUGUGUGUGGAGCUUAACAUCUGUAUGCGGUUUCCUCAGACACUAAGGCACAUUUAGAAACAUCGUUUAGCCACUGAGACGUAAACCGUGUGCAGUUCUAAACCAGUUCUUACUCAAAACUGAGAAAAGAAAAUCCAAAUCUGGCCCGACAAACUAUGGGGAAGUUCGCCUUUCAUUAACUUUAGUAUGUUAUAAAACAACUUUUCAAUUGGUCUCCAGAAUCUAUUUCUGUUUCUGCAUCUGUAAGGGUUUAGGGCAGAUUCAGGGAGAUUAGUCGACCAGCGACAAAUAUCCUCUUCUUCGGGGCGACUAAUCUCCCCGAACUGUCUCCUCUGGUACUCAGCGCAAUUUGUUUUCCGAAGUCAUCCGAAUUUACCUCGUGAGGCAGCUACGGGCGACUUUGUAAAACGAAUCGCGCCGAGUGCCAUCCCGCCGGAGAUUUACAUUUUAGCUGGCAGGGGAGGCAGUUUGGGGAGAUUAGUCACCCCGAAGAAGAGGAUAUUUGUCGCCGGGCAACUAAUCUCCCUGAAACUGCCUGUGUGUCCUGACCCUAAAACCUCACUUGUUGACAGACCAAACCCAGGCUUCAAAAUAAAAAAAAGAAACUAAAUAAUUUAAAAAUUAAAAU